GAAGUGCCGGAUCACAUAAGCAUCGCUUGCUUUGCGGCAGGGGACUCAGACCGCAAGCUUUCUCUUCUCUGAUCCCUGCACACUUUUUUCUCUUGAGCUCUUCAGUGCGUUGUGCAAACAGGAUCGCGCAGAUCGUGCAUUUUCUCUUCCUCGUCCUCUUCGCAGCACGCAGAUAUUCGUUUUUAGUAGACAAACCCGAACCGCCGCAAGCAUAGUCAUGCAGAGAGUCACCCGGCAGCUUCUGGCGUCGCCAUCGACGCACUCCCAGGCCCUGCGCUUUGCCCAGCACAGGCUGCCAGCAGUGCUUGGGAGCACGCCCUCGCCGCUCCUGGCGCUGAGGCCCGGUCUGGGCGGCGUCGGGUCUGGAAUUCGCUCGAUUUCGAAUUUACCGUCAGCAAGGGCUGCUGGCAGCAGGCACCGCCAGGGCUUGGCGGCGAUUUCCGCGCUGCCAUCUGUCGUGCGGGGUACGCAUAAACCGCCAUUUUCUGCCAUGCCCACGCCGCUCUCUUUUUUCUCCCUUGCUUCCAAAUAUUCCACUACCACGGCACGCAGCGCUAAAAUGUCGUCGCAGUACACAAUUUCGGUUCCGUCUACACCCGGCUCACACAGCGGCCUGACCACGCCCACGUCGGCGUCGUCUCUGGCUGGCGCGCGCCAAUUCAGCACGCAGAAGCGGGACCUGUCGGAAAAGCAGAGCGAGCUUGACCUGGAGAAGGGCGCCGCCGAGGAGGGAGCCAAGGCGAACGCAGAGGGCGACGCCAAGAAGCCGGGCAAGCUGCGCAUGAUGCUCCAGCAGUACGGGCGCAUCGCCGUGGUCGCGUAUCUGGUUGUGUCUGCCAUUGACCUGACGCUCUGCGUGUGGGCCGUCUGGCUGGGCGGCGACAGCCUCGUGUUCACAAUCAACUCGUACCUGGGCCAGUAUAUCCCACGGUUGCAGAAGGCCGCCCAGCGGAUGGAGGAGGGCGGGGAUGGCGGUAGCGACAAGUGGGUGACGAUUCUUAUCGUCGGCUAUGCGGUUCACAAGUGUCUGACUCCUCUGCGCGCCGCCGUUACUGCUGCAAUUCUGCCGUGGUCGGCGCGCCAGGCGCAGCGGCUCGGGUGGACCUGGCUGAUCCCCAAAGGCACGCCUGCAGGCAAGACAGCAGUCAAGAGCGCAGCCGAGACGCCUGAACAGCCGGAAACUCAAGUAGACUCGUCGUCGCAGAAUUAUACUCAAGCUCCCAGCUCACCACGGCUGUGCCCCCAAUUCCCCAACCUUGGAAAAAAAAAUUUUUGACUGAGGGAU